GAAAAAGAUACGCAUGAGGGAGAGGGACUCGCAGCCGUGGCUUAGCCAGCUGUUCAUGUUUACCUAAGAGAAAAUCACUAAACAAUGGAAUCAAUUCUUUGUUUUUCAUGAACGAAAUAAGAAAAAAAAAAAAUUCCACUGCUGCCUCCCUCUCCCUGAAUUCGAUCAAUCAUUUCUCCAUCAAUUUGUUUUUAAAUUUCUUUUUCUAUAUAAACAACUUGGAUCCUGGAACAUUUGAACCAACGCAUACUUCACCCUAAAUUCAAACUCUGUCCGCAACCCAAACGCCAGAAUCUAAAAUUUGAAAGCACCCUCUUCAUAAAAUUGGGCUUUCGUUUCCUCCCUUUUAUCCUCUCUCUCUCUCAUUGUUUACGUCAAAGGACAAGAAGAAAAAUUGUGAAAGUGGCAAGAAUUCUGAAAUGGUGUUGGCAGGAUUUUAUAAUGACCCUGAAUUUGCUAAUGUGGAUUCAAGUGAAAAUGAGUCUAUUCUUCCUUUUAAAGGAACGAUUUUGAGGACUAAGUCUGGUAAAAUUUCUUCACCAGUGGAGGAGCCUUGCGUUUCAUGUACCACAUUCAACAUUCUGGCUCCUAUCUACAAGCGAUUGGAUCAGCAGAAUCAGAGCGUACGAGAGAGUGAUUUUAGAGCAUUUUGGUUAGCUAGAAACGAGAGGAUUGUAGAUUGGUUGCUUUAUGAAAGUUCUUCAAUUAUAUGUCUCCAGGAAUUUUGGGUUGGAAACGAAGAAUUGGUGCAUAUGUUUGAAGAGAGGCUUAGUGCUGCAGGCUAUAAGACCUUCAAGCUUGCAAGGACCAACAACCGAGGAGAUGGUUUAUUGACUGCUAUACACCAGGACUACUUCAAGGUUUUAAAUUAUAGAGAAUUGCUCUUCAAUGACUGUGGAGACCGAGUUGCUCAGUUGUUGCAUGUUAAAUCAGUUGUCCCUUUUUCAAUAAAUCAGAAUAACUGUGUUGAACAAGAAAUCCUUAUUGUGAACACCCACCUAUUAUUUCCUCAUGAUUCCAGUUUAUCCAUUGCAAGACUGCACCAGGUUUAUCAAAUACUACUAUAUCUGGAAACGUAUCAACAAGAAAACAAACUCACCCAGAUGCCUGUCAUACUCUGCGGUGACUGGAAUGGAAGCAAGCGUGGGCAUGUCUACAAGUUCCUUAGGUCCCAGGGAUUUGUAUCAUCUUAUGAUAUUGCUCAUGAAUGUUCAGACAGUGAGGCAGAUGCUGACAAGUGGAUUAGUCAUCGGAAUCAUAGAGGAAACAUUUGUGGUGUCGAUUUUAUAUGGCUUCGUAAUCCUAAUAAGUCACGAAAACCAUUGAAGAUAAGUUGGGCUGAAGCAGCUUUUGGCAUAAUAAAGUUUCAACUUCAAAAGGCUUCUUUGGCUGAAAAUGAUGCAUUUGCCUUUCUAAGGGCUGACAACAGUGUCGACCAUAUAACUUAUUCGGCAUUCUGUGAUGCUCUUAGACAGGUAAAUUUAACCGGUCUUUCUUAUGGACUAAGUUUCCAAGACACGAAAGAUCUUUGGGUCCAAGCAGACUUUGAUGGAAAUGGUGUUCUAGACUAUGAAGAAUUUAAGAGAAUCUGGAACUCAACGUGGUCAGAUCAUAUGGACGAAGAUUGCAGCUCGGAUGACUCAAAUGAAGGUAAUGAGGAAGAGACUGUCGGUUUUACAGUAAAGAAUGCUGCUCUUUUCCCCCGUGAAGUAGAGAAGGGGAUAUGGCCGGAAAACUACUCUCUUUCUGAUCAUGCCCGGCUAACCGCUGUGUUCUCACCGGUGAGAUUGCGGUGUCCACGUCAGAGCCCGUAGACUGGUUGUUGAUAGCAGAAAAGAGAAAUCAGCUUUUGUUUUUGUUUAUACAACAAGUUUGCAGUGUUCAAGCAGAUGAGGCUAAGCUAUUUGAUGAAAAAAAUCAAAGCACGAAUAGGCCUGGCAUAAAUUUUAAUCAGGCUGGGUCGGGUUGUAGCUGACAGUUGUAUGAAUCAAUGAAUGAAAUCAAAAUGGGGGGGAAGGGUCUCAAAAACUUUGGAUAUUUGAGUCUGAGGCGAGGCUAGGCUAAGCUAAGCUAAGCUCAUAAUUGUCACCUCAAAUUUCCAGGAUAUAUGAAGUAAAUGGAACAUUUUUGACUUUA